GCACUUUCAUUGAAACGUCUUGUUGUUUCCCAGGCUAGGAAAUAAGUUCACAGGCUUUAUUUGAGCUUUGGAAGACAAGAGGGCACCACCAGAAGAUAAAAGCCGAGAAGUUGUCUUUGGCUUUCCCUGGAAGUCGAGUGGGACCCGCCAAAAAAAUUGACGGGGGAAGUAUACAUUUUAGAGCAGUGAGCCAUCGAAAAAAAAAAGGCUGCAGUAGCAACCGAGUUAGAAGCGUGCAACAUUGUUGCAGUAAGGUUGGGACUGCGCCGACAAGGGAAUAGCACACUGCAAUGCUUAACUGGAAACCAUUUUAUCAGACUUUUCUAUUGUAAAGUUUUCUCAAAUUCGAAUUAAAUCUCUGGUGUUUAACGGGAAUACAAAAAUAUUUUUGAAAAAAGGAUACAUAAAUAAAAUAAAAAAAUAUGCCGGACCAAAUUACAGUUUCGGAGUUCGUGGCGGAGACAAAUGAAGAUUACAAAGCGCCGACGGCUUCAAACUUCACCACCAGAAUGUCCCACUGUAGGAAUACCGUGACUGCUUUGGAGGAGGCGCUGGAUGUGGACCGCAGCGUGCUGUACAAGAUGAAGAAGUCCGUCAAGGCCAUCUACACCUCGGGUCUGGCCCAUGUGGAGAAUGAGGAGCAGUACACCCAGGCUCUGGAGAAGUUUGGGGAGAACUGUGUCUACAGGGACGACCCUGACCUGGGUUCUGCCUUCCUCAAGUUCUCGGUCUUCACCAAGGAGCUCACCGCCCUCUUCAAAAACCUGUUCCAGAACAUGAACAACAUCAUCACCUUCCCCCUGGACAGCCUGCUGAAAGGAGACCUGAAAGGAGUCAAAGGGGACCUGAAAAAGCCGUUUGAUAAGUCCUGGAAAGACUAUGAAACAAAAGUCACUAAGAUCGAGAAGGAGAAGAAGGAGCACGCGCGGCAGCACGGCAUGAUCCGCACGGAGAUCAGCGGGGCGGAAAUUGCAGAGGAGAUGGAGAAGGAGAGGAGGUUCUUCCAGCUGCAGAUGUGUGAGUAUCUUCUCAAAGUGAACGAGAUCAAGAUCAAGAAAGGGGUGGACCUACUCCAGAAUCUCAUCAAAUAUUUCCACGCACAGUGCAAUUUUUUUCAGGACGGGCUGAAAGCAGUAGACAACCUCAAACCAUCCAUAGAGAAACUAGCCACAGACUUACACACGAUAAAGCAGGCCCAGGACGAGGAGAGGAAGCAGCUCACUCAGCUACGGGACGUCCUCAAGUCAGCGCUGCAGGUGGAGCAGAAGGAGAUAUUGUUGAAGGAUUCCCAGGUGCGACAGAGCGCUACCUACAGUUUGCACCAGCCGCAGGGAAACAAGGAGCACGGUACUGAGCGCUGUGGGAACCUCUACAAGAAGAGUGACGGGAUAAGGAAAGUGUGGCAGAAGAGAAAGUGUUCAGUGAAGAAUGGAUACCUCACCAUAUCACAUGGGACGGCGAACCGACCGCCGGCCAAACUCAACCUCCUCACCUGUCAGGUGAAACAUAACCCAGAAGAGAAGAAGAGCUUUGACCUCAUCUCACAUGACAGAACCUAUCACUUUCAGGCCGAGGACGACCCAGAAUGUCAGAUAUGGAUCUCUGUGCUGCAGAACAGCAAGGAGGAAGCGCUGAAUAAUGCCUUUAAGGGGGACCAGCACGUUGGAGAGAACAACAUAGUCCAGGAACUGACCAAGGCCAUCCUGGGAGAGGUCAAGAGGAUGACCGGCAACGACAUCUGCUGCGACUGCGGCGCUCCCAAUCCUACCUGGCUCUCCACUAACCUGGGCAUCCUGACCUGUAUUGAGUGUUCUGGGAUCCACAGGGAGCUGGGAGUCCAUUACUCUAGGAUCCAGUCCCUCACACUGGAUGUACUCAGCACCUCUGAACUCUUGCUGGCCAAGAACGUGGGGAAUGCAGGCUUUAACGACAUCAUGGAGGCGUGUCUAUCUGCGGAAGAUGUGGUCAAACCCAACCCUGCCAGUGACAUGCAAGCCCGUAAGGACUUCAUCACAGCCAAGUACACCGAGAAGCGUUUCGCCAGGAGGAAGUGUCCAGACUGGGUGUCCAAGCUGCACACCCUGUGUGACGCGGUCAAGGCCCGGGACAUCUUCUCUCUGAUCCAGGUGUACGCUGAGGGAGUUGACCUGAUGGAGCCCAUCCCCCUGGCCAACGGACAUGAACAAGGAGAGACGGCCCUUCACCUAGCGGUCAGACUAGUGGACAGGACCUCGCUCCAUAUCGUUGACUUCCUCACUCAAAACAGUGUGAACCUGGACAAGCAGACAACCAAAGGCAGCACGGCCCUCCACUACUGCUGCCUGACUGACAACAUGGAGUGUUUGAAACUGCUGCUGCGGGGCAAGGCAUCCAUAGACAUUGCGAAUGAGUCUGGGGAGACGCCGCUGGACAUCGCUAAGAGACUGAAGCACCUGCAGUGUGAGGAGCUGCUGAACACGGCGUUGGCGGGGAAGUUCAACGUCCACGUACACGUAGAGUACGAGUGGCGUCUGCACCAUGAAGACAUGGAUGAGAGUGAUGAGGACCUGGAUGAGAAGGUGAGGCCCAGCCCCCACCGGCGAGAGGAACGCCCGGUCAGCUGCUACACCCCUGGCUCCAACUCCCAGCGCCAGCCCAGCCCUGCUUCGUUGGCACGCGACGCUGCCAGCCUGGCCAAGGACAAGCAGCGUGGUGGGUACAUGCCCAACCUGGUCAACAACGAGACCUACGGCACCAUCCUCGACGCCAGCCCCCCCGUGCCCGGGGGGCUCACCCCCACCUCUGCUCCCCCUCUUCCCCCACGGAACAUAGUCCAGUCAUCAGGAUCCGCUGGGUGGAAGCCUGGCUCUAUAGACCUGGGGGUCCGACAGAGGUCCUCCUCAGACCCUCCCAAUAUCCACCCCCCCGUACCCCCCAUGAGGGUCACCUCAACCACGGGUCUUGCUCCUCCGCCUGUGGCCAAGACAGUGAGUAUGAUGGAGGCGAUGAACCAGCAGUCAAAACCGGGGACCGGACAGGGCCACAACAGAGCCCCAACACCUAAGUCUCCUUCUGGCAACGACAAAAGCUUCAGUAAAGGACCGACUCGAACUGGGUCCAUCGAAAGACCAGCUAAAGAAGUGCCGGGAUAUCCCCACAACUCAGUAGGUCAAUCGCUGCCUCCCGCCCCCAUGCCUAGGAAGACCUAUCCGAAGCAGAGGCCCAAGCGGGUGAAGGCCAUCUACAACUGUAUGGCGGACAAUGCAGACGAGCUGACCUUCUCUGAGGGGGAGGUGAUCGUGGUGGAUGGGGAGGAGGACCAGGAGUGGUGGCUGGGCCACAUCGAAGGAGAACCUAUGAGGAGGGGGGCUUUCCCCGUCACAUUUGUACACUUCAUCAUGGACUGAAGGUCAAAGGUCACCAGAGGUCAACACAGGACCUGGAAUGGAAACCAUGGAACUGCCCUCCACCUCCCCACAUUUCUGUGGCAAAAUUAUCUUUGUCAUCAGCAAAGCUUGUGCCUGCACCGACACUAAAGAAGAGUGAAGUGUCGCUGCCCAAUGCUUUGGCUAUACAGUCUGUUGCCAUGACAACAGAUACACCCUUUACUCCAGGAAUGUCAUGUGAUGUCAUAUCACUCUUUUUAGGCCAAGCCUGCAAAGGCUCGUGGGGAAACUGUGUUUUGACUUCUGACACCAUCUGACACAAAAAAAAAACGAUGAUUGUAGUAGAUAACCUCUUGCAAUAAAAUGCACUUUCUGCUUAUUUAUCCUGGUCGCAACAUUUAGAGGAUUAUUGACUAAAUGAAGGUUCUGUUAAUAACUAUUUCACUCUGUUGUCUUCGGUUUUGUGAAUUGUACAGAAAGUUCAAGGACAGCUGACAGGGACAGUAACUUGUAUCUGUAGGAUUUCUUUCACUUAUUGUUAAUGUGAAUACAGUCUAUAUGCUUACAUUCCAUCUCCUUGCAUGGUUAAAGGGUGAACCAAUUCUAAACGCUUAACUGCUUAAUAGGCAAAGGCAUGUAAACUUUAUAGCACUCACAAUGUGGGAAGCAGUCUCAGUGGUGGAGUGGUGCCUGGAGAAGUGGGUAUACUAUCAUUUGGCAAAAAUAAAUCCCAAAAGGCCUGCUUGGGGAAGGAAAGGCGCCUGUGUGAAAAACUCUAUGACAAAAAAUGAUAAAUCCCAUGUUGGUCUUUAACAGUUCAGGAAACCCAACCUGUACUGUGCUAGUAGUCUGAUAGUAGGACUACUAUUGAAACAAAUAAAUGAGGCGGUCAACUGAGUCAGAAAUAUUCAGUCAAACAAAUUCUCUGCAAGUCUCACUUUUUAAUAGAACAUCCAAUUUUUCCACAACAGGUGCAUGUCCAGGUGCAUGAAUGGACAUGCACCUAGCUUACAUUAAAUUGAGAGUUUUUUUGGGGAAAGCCUUUUCAUCUAGGCUUCAAGAAGAUGAUUAGCUUUGCUAUAUUUUUUUUCCUGUUCCUUAAUUAUGAAACGUCCAGGUUUCAAACGUCAUAUUAUGGGGCAUGUCUUAGAUUCUUCAAAGUAGCCUAUAGUUAAAACCCCACCACAUAAACAUGGAGGUCCUUAUUUUAUAAAGACAACCUCAUAUUCCACACUGCUGUUCUAUUGGUUUUUAAAUCCGCUUUCUUUCAUUGUUUAUUAGGCAAAGGAAUUAUCGUCGUCAUAUUAGCAACCCGUAAUAAUUGUCGCAUCUUAAGAUCUCCCAGUCUUUCAAAAUGUCUCCGUCUAUGAAGCCGCCUCGCAUGUGCAGUGCACAUUUUUAGAACUGCGUUUCCCUGCAAAUUGCGUUUUGGAACAUUUGCGUGUAACCCGACCGCCCACGUGCACAUUACUGCGCUUAAAAUGUGAAGAAAUAAUAGUUAAUCAAUAUUUUAAGCUAAACAUUCUGAUCGGAUCCAUCAGCCUUAUUGAUAGGGUGCAUACCUUCCACCACACACUAGCCACCCAAUGCCCACAAAAGAAAGUGGGUGUAAGGCUGUGUAUACCCGCCACCACACCACUCGUUAAACUUAAUUCAAAAUGGUGCUAACCCAGUAAUAUGCUAGGAGUCCUCCCCCUAUGGGUCUUCCACUGUCCCCAUUUCUAGACAGCCCUUAGUAACAACAGGGGGUUGCCGGGGGUAUAUUUAGGCCUGUAUUUAACUGGGAGAACCCAGGCUCACUAUCCUACUGUGUGCGCUGACCUGCAUGCAUAUCAGCUUGAAACAAGUUACUUACAGCACAUCAUCUCCAUGGCCUACAGUGUGGUGCCAGAUUUACUGCAUUAGCCCAUCUGACACCUUUUACUCUGUUUAUAAAAUGCCUCAUUGUUGCACUUCUUACCCUUUUUGCUAUAAUAUCAAUAUCAUCAGUGAAAUGGAUGUUGUCAACUAUCUUCGCUGCAUAGAUCACACUUUUAGUUGUGAACCACCAUCUUUCUGUGGCUCUGGUCAAAAGUAGUGCACUAUUUAGGGAAUAUGAUGCCAUUUGGGACAUGGAUAUAGUGAGAGAGCUCUGCAGAGGGGUUUAUGCACCUCAUGGGGCAAGUGCUCCUGUCCUGUGGCUUUUUUUUAUCUGUAGUGGACAGCAGGCUACCAAAUGGCACACACGGACACACAUGCACAUAGUUGUCAUUGUACUAAAAAUAACUUGUCCUUUGAGGUGACAUUGUAAGGGGGAUGGCAAUACCAAAUGACACACUUGAAAAGGACAAUGCAACUACUUUUACACACGCACGCACACGCACACACCUACCAUAGUAUUCAAUCUGAUUCAUAGUGCUCAGCCUAGAAUUCUACCAUAGUCCACAACUUGAUUACUAGCUGGGACCAGCGUUAGUUACAGACCACCAUUGUUUUAUAUAUACUAGGUCCCAUACUGAAGUGUUUUAAAAAUGUAAUUCUUACAACGCAUUUGACGUAAUGUCUGACUUGUUGCAUAGCAACUCUUCUCUAUACAUGUGAUGUUCUCUUAAACGGGACAUACAGUACUCUCAAUUGUGAAUGAACUACGAUACAUGCGACGCCUCUUGCCGUCGUCUAUCUGCCACACCAUGUUAACUCACUGGAAAUAGGAUGGUUCAUCUGUAAAUGUACAUAGAUUCUGUUGAUAUUUAAAUGUAUAAAAGAGUUCAUGACCUUGGCAGUAACUGUCUUUGAAUGCACUGUGGUGAUGUGCUGUUUUCCAGCUGGUGUUCAGUGUGUAGUCUAGUAGUGUACACACAAACCAAGGCUGAGGAGCUAUUCCAUUCACACUCAUUGACUCUGGAUCACAGCAUUGACUCGAACGUAUUGUGCAAAAUAAAUGGGGAAAUUGAUAACUGGAAUAAUAAAAUGGAAUAAUUCCCAGUGUUUUCUCUUGCAUUUAUCAGUGUAUUAUUGCUUUUCAAAGUGGUUUAACAGUGUGUAAAUGCUGUGUAGUACGGUGAUUAAGAGUACUCGACGACUAGAUUUGUAACUUCCUGGGCAGUAAACGAAAUAUAAUAAUGCAACAAGAGCUCCCUCUGGUGGAGAAUGGUCAAACCCACUACAGCCCAAGCCUAUGUCCAUGGUUUCUAACUUGUGUUCUGGUGCCAUACCACUACAACCAAGGUUUACAUCCACACUGAACUCUAAGAGAGUACAGCCCGGGAUUCAAUCCGAUCACCGGUUAUAGGCAUUUCUGUUUUUUAAGGCUGUGUUCUCGUGUCGCGGAGAACCCAUUCACAGUAAAA